UCAUGACAGUGGUUGGUGGCCACGUGACAGCCACCGUCCAUCUUCAAGACAUCUACUGCAACAACGGAGUCAUUCACAUCAUCGACAAGCUGCUGCAUACACCAACACAAACCAUUGCCAAGGAUGUGGCCUUUAGAAAUGAAGUGGCGUACUCCAACGUCCUCAUCAACGUGAUGAACGAUGACAGCUACGACUUGGACUCAGUCAACGAGAACUACACCUUCUUUGUGCCCAACAAUGACUCCUUCAGUUACCUCCCAUGGCAGACACAUGAAAAAUUGUUCAACCGGAACUACAGUGAAAAGGUAAUGAGAGCUCAUAUUGUAAAAGGCGAGACUCGAACCUUGGAUGAAAUAUCAUCAGGCAGUGCGCUGCCUGCUAUUAAUAAUGUCAUCUACGUGCUCAAGAAAGAUAAAAAGAUUAUGGUUUCUAGCAACAACGUGAUGGCUGAAGUUGUAAAGGCCAACAUCCCGGCAGUCAACGGCUGGAUACAUGUCAUCGACCGUGUGCUGACUGUCCCUUAUGAAAGUGUUUCCCAAAUUCUCAGUACAAAGGAGGAGGUCUCACUCUUUCACCACAUGUUAAGUACACUACCUGAGUACAAAGAGCUGGUGACGUCAUCACCAAGGAAUGUGACGUUGUUUGUCCCGUCCUCCCGCUACAUCAACACCUUGACCACCCAACAACUGGCCAGGAUCAAGCAGAAUCUGGACAUUCUGAGAAAGUUGUUCUAUGGCCACGUCUUGCCGGACGUACGACUCGAUGAUGUAUUCUUACGCCAGUAUCCAGACGAGGACUAUUGCUCACGUAGUUCAUACAACGUUACAUUUAAAAUCAGCAGAAAGGAAGACACUUUGUACGUUGGAGCUGGCUAUGACAUUCUGCCUCUUGAUGUGAUUGGUCGAGUAUUUGGCUGUACUGACGGCAUUGUGUACGUCAUCGAUGGUUUCCUAAACUACUCCCCCUUUACAGUGUUAGAGAGACUCAAGAGAGAACCAGGUUUGAGUGCUUCCUUCGAGCUGAUGGAGCAGAUGGUAUCUCAUCACGACGUUAACAUGUUAGGAAAUGCUAACAUGUCCUUCACCUUUCUGAUGCCAGACGACUACGCCCUGGAUUACUUCUCUUCCAGUGAGCUCCAGAUGUUGAACCGACUUCCCGAUGUGGAAAAACAGAGAACAUUUUGGCGUCAUUCAAUAAAUGGCUCCACCCUGUAUUAUGAGGAUUUGAAAAAUGGACACAUUAUAUCUGAUGUCUUACCACAAGAGGUCGCUGUUGACAUCCAGAAUGAAGCCGUCUACCUUCGGUACAGAAACGUGCACAGCAAGAUAAAACAGUGGAACCUGAUUGCCAGCAAUGGAGUCAUUCAUAUUUUGCAGAAGUUUCUCUACUACGCAGCCCUGCCCGGGGAUAAAACCACUCCCGCCGAGGACAACCCAGAUGAUCCUUUAAACAGGGUCGAACGCUGGGAGCAGACUGGGAUUGCUACAAGGAUUUCAAUGGCAUGGAUAAAGAUCAUAUUGUUUGCUGUGUUGGUAAUUUUAACAGUAAGAUAUCCAUUGUUUGUUAAUGAUUCAUGA